GUAGUGCUUCCAACAUUUAUUUUGGAGAAAAGAUCCCUGCUGGAGAUGUAUGCAAAUUUCAUGGCCCAUCCAGACCUGUUUUUGUCAAUUGCAGCUGGAGCCACUCCCGAGGAAAGAAUUAUCUGCUUUGUGGAGUAUUAUCUAACAGCUUUUCACGAAGGCCGAAAGGGAGCGGUUGCCAAGAAGCCCUAUAACCCUAUAAUUGGUGAAACGUUUCAUUGCUCAUGGGAUGUGCCUAAAGAUAAAGUGAAAGCAUUCAGAACUAAUGGUGCCUCCACGGUUUCUAAGGACCCAGCCAAGGAGUUUGGCCAGGACCAGUCCACGUGCUACAAGCUGAGGUUUGUAGCAGAACAAGUAUCCCAUCAUCCACCGGUGUCUUGCUUUUACUGUGAGUGCAAAGAGAAGAAAAUGUGUGUGAACGCUCACGUAUGGACCAAAAGCAAGUUUAUGGGCAUGUCAAUAGGUGUUUCUAUGGUAGGUGAAGGUGUCCUUUACCUGAUGGAACAUGAAGAAGAGUAUGUUUUCACCCUGCCUAGUGCCUAUGCUCGCUCAAUACUUACCAUCCCAUGGGUGGAGCUUGGAGGGAAAGUCAACAUAAAUUGUGCCAGAACGGGCUAUUCUGCUACCGUCACAUUCCAUACCAAGCCGUUCUAUGGAGGGAAGGUCCACAGGGUUACAGCUGAAGUGAAACACAAUCCCACUAACACCAUUGUGUGCAAGGCACAGGGAGAAUGGAAUGGUACACUGGAAUUUACUUACAACAACGGAGAAACCAAAGUGAUCGACACAAACAAACUGCCUGUUAUCAGGAAAAAGAUUAGGCCGGUAGCAAAACAAGGCCCGCUGGAAUCAAGGCACCUUUGGCAACACGUCACCAGUUCUCUGAAAGAAGGUAAUAUUGAUGCAGCGACCGAGCACAAGCACCGCCUCGAAGAGAGACAGCGAGCGGAGGAGAGGCAACGCCUGGCUCUUACGACGCCAUGGAAACCAAAAUAUUUCGCCAAAGAGGGUGAUGGCUGGCUAUACUUGAAUCCUCUCUGGAAGACCCAUUGACGGGAUUAGAGCAGUUGCCUCGUAACUUUCCCUUAAAGGCAUUAGAAUGACACAGUAUGUAACUU